GACAUAACCCGUUUUUUUUUCCAAAAUGGCGACGGCGGAUCACGGAGAAGGGCAGGACGACCCGGAGAGCGAAGAGGAGGUGUACGAGGUCGUGGACCUGACAGAGUAUGCCCGGAGGCACCAGUGGUGGAGCCGGGUGUUCGGGAGCAACUCCGGCCCGAUUGCCGAGAAGUACUCCGUGGCCACCCAGAUCGCGAUGGGAGGGGUGACUGGAUGGUGUGCUGGUUACCUCUUCCAGAGAGUUGGGAAGAUCGCUGCGACCGCUGUCGGAGGAGGAUUCCUCCUUUUGCAGAUUGCCAAUCAUAGUGGCUACGUGCAGGUGGACUGGAAGAAGGUGGAGAAGGAUGUGAACAAAGCGAAGAAGCACCUGAAGAAGAAAGCCAACAAAGCAGCCCCUGAAAUAAACACAUUCAUUGAGGAGGUAAAGGCCACAGACUUUAUAAAAAGGAACAUCGUCUUGUCCAGCGGGUUCGUCGGCGGCUUCUUUCUGGGUCUGGCCUCCUAAUGGAGCUGCACGAGCUGCAGCCUCCACAUACUGUGGAUCACAUCACUACAUGGGUCACUUUCCUCCCCAUUGUUUACCUCUCGGCCCCCAAGUGGGGCAUCGAUUCACCUUUUAACAAACUGAACAGGGGGGGGUUUAUAUUGAAAGUGAAAGCAUGAUCUGUCGUAUUACCGGUGUAACGUUGUGCUACUCCCCCUGUUAUACAUCAAUCAUAGCUAAUGGUUUCCCUGUCUGGCGGACCGGACCCUCUGAAGCGCGUGGUGUUCGAGUGGAGAAUUGGAGUUGAUCAUACUGUGACUAUUCUACCGUGGGACCCUGUCGCGGAUCUUUGCUCAGACUGCUGAAUACUGUGAGCGGCCACAAGCGAGCACGGAGUCCUCGCUGCUUUUUCCAACACUGAUCAGUUUGUUUGUUUUUUUGCCUGGCGGCACUGGAUCUAAGAUAGUUGGCAUGCGUGGGCACCCUUGUAAUUAUAUAGCCAACCCCCUUUUUCAGAGGUGUAAAGACCCACACAAGGGUAAAUAUUAUAUAAACAUGGAAGGCAGCAGAGUGGGAGGUUAACACCACCCCCCCUAGUCUAGUGCUUUUUAAAAAAAAAUAUAGCUGUGAAGUUUAUCUGUCGAUUGAAGCGUGCAAGUGAACACAAUUCAGUUUUUAAAGUUGGCUGGGGGGAUUUAAACAAGUUAUUUUUCCACCGAGCAGGAGCUGCUAGUAAUAUGCAUAUGAGUAUAAAUCUCAACUAAAUGCUACAUCUGUGACCGUUCUCUCUCUUUUAGUGUUAAGUACAGAUCCUUUUAUUCCCAUAAUCCUCAGCUCAACGAUGCCUUUUUAAUGACAGGACGAGCAUCUGCUGCACCCUCAUUACCACCAGUCCUGUCAUUAAGGAGCACAAUGGAGCAGCGGUCUGCUACCGUCGUCGUGCGUUCAGCGGGGCAGCAACGCAACAGAGUCGUGCGUAUUCACAUCAUCUAGAUGGGACGGCCCCACCUUAGAGUCCACUUAAUUUGAUCACGAGUUGCUGAUUUUGUUUCUUUAUGUUUUGCCUUUUUCUACCAGUGCAAUAUAUAGUGUUACAUUCAGAUGUGUGUUGUUGUUUUUUUAAGUUUGUGUGCUCAUAACCCCCUCGUUGUUUCUAUUUGAUGUUAUUUUGUUACCUGAGCUGUAUGGAUUUGGGUGUGUCUUUAAAAAAAAUAAAGUUGCCUGAUUUGUUUUCA